GUCAAAUCGCGGGGCUUCAAUCGGAGAGAGUUCGACAGAAAUGCCCCACUAUCAUAAGACGCUUCGAAAAUUAAUUCCUUUCGUUCUUUGACUCAUCAAACAAAGCUUUCUACCCUUUUAAGCAUUUACCAAGAUUUGAAUCGGUCAAUUGAAAAAUCGACCGUACAAUUUCUGUUUGGUGGAAUCUAAUCUGUCGUCUUUUAUUCGAUUAUCGCAAAAUGUCGACUUUUGGGUCCUCGUUCAGGGUCACCACCUAUGGCGAGUCCCAUUGCCGAUCGGUAGGAUGCAUUAUCGACGGUUGCCCGCCGGGCAUGGAACUCACAGAAGCGGAUAUUCAACCACAAAUGAACCGUCGCCGACCGGGCCAAAGCAACAUCACAACACCCCGAAACGAGAAAGACCGAGUCGCCAUACAAUCCGGUACUGAGUUUGGUGUCACUCUGGGUACACCGAUCGGCCUAGUAGUUCUCAACGAAGACCAAAGGCCUAAGGACUACGGGAACAAGACAAUGGAUCUUUUCCCGCGGCCUAGUCACGCAGAUUGGACUUACCUCGAGAAAUACGGUGUUAAGGCGAGCAGCGGUGGUGGAAGGAGCUCGGCUCGCGAGACCAUAGGCAGGGUAGCUGCAGGCGCCAUCGCCGAGAAAUACCUCAAACUUGCCUUUGGUGUUGAGAUUACCGCCUUCGUCACUUCCGUCGGUUCAGUUCACAUGUUUCCGCCCACAGUCGAGUACCCAACGCAAAGCCAGAACCCGGCGUUCUUAGAGCUCAUCGAAUCGAUCGAUCGGGAAACUGUCGAUAAGUUCCUACCUGUACGAUGUCCAAACGAGGAAAUGUCUCAGAAGAUGGCGGACUACAUAGCCGCCUUCAAGGAGCGCAAUGACAGCAUCGGUGGAACUGUCACCUGUGUUAUCAAGAAUGUUCCCAGCGGCCUAGGAGAGCCGUGCUUUGACAAACUAGAGGCGAAGCUCGGACACGCCAUGCUCAGCAUACCUGCAACCAAGGGCUUCGAGGUCGGCUCCGGCUUCGGUGGCUGCGAGGUUCCUGGCUCGAUCCACAAUGACCCUUUCAUUAAGGCGCCCGACGCAUCUACCGGCCAGGAAACCGGCGCGGGGCGUAACGGAACGCCGAGGCCGAAGCUCACAACCAAGACGAAUAAUUCGGGAGGCAUCCAAGGUGGUAUCUCAAACGGCGCACCGAUCUACUUUCGCGUCGCAUUCAAGCCACCUGCUACCAUUAGCCAGGCGCAGACCACCGCCACGUACGACGGCGAGUCCGAGGGCGUUCUGGAGGCAAAGGGGAGGCACGACCCUUGCGUGGUACCGAGAGCAGUGCCGAUCGUGGAGGCCAUGUCUGCACUAGUUGUUAUGGAUGCGCUUAUGCAGCAGAUGGGCAGGCACGAAGCCAAGAGGCAUCUUCCACCCGCGAAAAUAACUGUACCUGUUUCGGAUAAUGGUGUUUCUAUGGGUGUAAAAUAAAGGGGUUCGAGUAGAUAAAAUAUUAAUAUUGUCAGAAAAAUACUACCUAAAUAGGGGCAUAAUGUGAAUUAUCGUAUUGAGAUUUUUAGGGUGGGGUGAUAUCCAUGGAUUAGUUACUACCUAAUCAUUUGCUAGGCUUACCACU